UUUCCAUUGGCACGCGAAGUGAAGAAUAAGCAGAAAUGGGACUCCGCCGGAAUUUCAAAUUUCCCGCGAGAACGAAGACGGGGGUUCUCAUCCUCACCGCCGCUGGUGUAGCUUUGACCUCUGCCGCUUCUACCGCCUUCGGUGGCGCCGCUUCGUUUUCUCGGGAUUCUCCUUCUCCCGCGCGGCAUUUUCCCGAGAAAAUCGCGGCGGUCAUCGAAGGCGUCGUCCGCUCUUCUCGCGCUAUAUACGCCAUCGCUUUCACCGUGGCGGAUUACAAGUAUAGUUUGCGUAGAUUGCCAGUGGAAUCCGAGGAGUAUCUUCACAGAUUAACUGAGGUUCAUUUGAGGUCUGCCAAACGAAUUCUCAAACUUUGUGAAAUUAACAAGGGCUUCUAUAUAAAAGCUGGUCAAUUUGUGGCUGCCAUGAAGCAGGUCCCAAAAGAGUACACUCUAACCCUUUCUUCAUUACAGGACCAGGCAGUUCCUUGUCAUUUCCAACCCAUAAAAGAAGUUCUUAUUGGAAAUCUGGGUCUUAGUCCUUCAGAAAUAUUUUUAUCUUUUGAUGAAGAACCAAUUGCUGCAGCGUCUAUUGCUCAAGUACAUCAUGCAGUGUUGAAGGAUCAUCAGGAAGUAGCAGUAAAGGUACAGUACCCUGGAUUGGAGCAGAAGAUGAGGUUAGACACAACAAUCAUGUCAUUUCUUUCGAAAUCAGUUGCAAAGUUAUUCCCAGACUACAGGUUUGACUGGCUGGUCACAGAAUUUGUAAAGGCAAUUUCUCAGGAACUUGAUUUCAUACAAGAGGCCAAAAAUUCAGAGAGAACAGCAAAAAACUUUAAAAAUAACAAAAUGGUUAUUGUUCCCAGGGUAUUUUGGGAAUUAACCACCAAUCGAGUCCUAACUAUGCAGUUUUGCGAAGGUCUCAAGGUUGAUGAUGUGAAAUCUCUGAAGAUUAGUAAUAUAAGUCCAGUUAAGGUUGCUAAUGCAUUGGUUGAAGUCUUUGCUGAAAUGAUAUUCGUCCACGGAUUCAUACAUGGAGAUCCACAUCCUGGCAACAUACUAGUUUCUCCGCGAGGCAAAAAUGGCUUCUCUUUAGUUCUGCUGGACCACGGGAACUGCAAGACAUUGGAUGAAGGAUUUAGAUGGGAUUAUUGCCAGUUGUGGAAGGCUCUGAUUCUCCUGGACUCGAACAAAGUACAAGAAGUAGGUGAACACUUUGGGGUCGGCAAAUAUGCGAAAUUCUUUCCUGUCAUUUUCACUGGAAGAACUAGCAACAGCAAAUCGGCUCUAGGAAAGGGAAUGUCUAUCCAAGAGAGGCAGCAACUGAAACAGGAGCUGAAACUUCUGACAAUGGAAGAUAUAACAUCAUUCAUGGAGUCUCUUCCGCCUGAUUUUCUCGCUGUACUACGAACAGACGGCCUCAUACGUUCAAUCACCUCCAAGUUGGGUGCUCCGCAUCGGGUGAGGUUAUUUGCAUACGCCAAAUAUGCUUUAUAUGGGCUUGCUCGAAGGCCGGCAUCUCAAACAGAAUUGGCUGCAACAUCGUCGAUGUUAUCGAGGUCGAUAACGUACAUGGGCUACCUCCGGUUCCGUCUUAUUCUUGAGUUGAUGGAUCUGUUUCAAGGGAUCAAUAGGCUGAAGCAUUAUGUUCACAGAUUGUGGGAAAGAAUAAAGAGUAUUAGAGUCUCGAGAGUUACAGGCAUGUCAUGAAAAGCUCAUCUAUUAUUCUGUGUAUCCAUGGAUUUGGAUAUAGGAUAUGCAUAUAUUACUAUGUUUGGCA